GCCGGAAGCGGCCGAGUCUCCAGGCGGUGCAGGCUUGCACCUACCUAGCUGGAGUUCAGUCUUGGAAAAGACAAAAGUCAAGACUGGAGGCCUGACUGCUCCCGGCACCUGGCCAGCGCCCGCCGAGGAGCGCGUGGAGAUCUGAAGAGGUUGGCUGUCCGCGGAAUUUUGGAACAUAGCCACCCAGAGGGUGGUCACUGCGUGUCACAGCAAUGCUCCGGAGAGUGACUCUCCCGCAACUGCUCUUCGCCACCUUCCUUGGAAUUGCUGGAGGAGUGUAUAUUUAUCAGCCCAUAUUUGAACAGUAUUCCAGAGAGCAGAAGGAAUUCAAAGAAAAGGUGAAAUUGUUGCAAGAAUCAGAGGAAAAGAGGACCUAAUUCUGCAUGAAGUGAAAUUGUAGGCACUGCUUACCAUUCUGUUGAAAUUACACAUGGACUGUUAAUAUAGCAAAAACUUAGGUACAUUUUAAAUAAAUAAAUCAUGGGCGAAGGA